UUCGGAAGUCAUAAACCCUAAUUCGGCAUCUUCUUGUGUUGGCGGUUGUUUGCGGCGGCGGAGGGAGAGUCCAAAAUGGAACAGGUACAGUGCUUCGGCCGUGAGAAGAAUGCGGUGGCAGUGACACACUGCAAGAAAGGUCGUGGUCUCAUUAAGAUCAAUGGCUCCCCCAAUCGAACUCAUCGAGCCUGAGAUUCUCCGUUUCAAGGCAUACGAGCCUAUACUCCUUCUCGGAAGGCACCGUUUCGCCGGCGUCGAUAUGAGGAUCAGAGUGAAGGGAGGAGGGCACACUUCUCAUAUCUAUGCCAUCAGACAGAGUAUCGCGAAGGCUUUGGUUGCAUACUAUCAAAAAUGUGUGGAUGAACAGAGGAAAGGAUUAUAUGACACAAUUUCAAUUUGGGAAUGGAGCCUUGCUAGGGGCAAAUUAUAUUCAGUUUGCGGCGGCGAGAGGGUCCAAAAUGGAACAGGUACAGUGCUUCGGCCGUAAGAAGAAUGCGGUGGCAGUGACACACUGCAAGAAAGGUCGUGGUCUCAUCAAGAUCAAUGGCUCCCCAAUCGAACUCAUUGAGCCUGAGAUUCUCCGUUUCAAGGCUUACGAGCCAAUUCUCCUUCUCGGAAGGCACCGUUUCGCCGGCGUUGACAUGAGGAUCAGAGUGAAGGGAGGAGGACAUACUUCUCAGAUCUAUGCCAUCAGACAGAGCAUCGCAAAGGCCUUGGUUGCAUACUAUCAGAAAUAUGUGGAUGAACAGAGUAAGAAGGAGAUCAAGGACAUUCUUGUUCGUUAUGACCGUACUCUUCUUGUUGCUGAUCCUAGACGCUGCGAGCCUAAGAAGUUUGGUGGUCGUGGUGCUCGUGCUAGGUUCCAGAAAUCCUAUCGUUAAAUUAUUUGCUUUUUAUUUAUUUUGUUCAGAUAUUGACAGUGUCUUUCAUGAAUUCAGUACUAUCUAAAUUGCUAUGCACUUUUUUGAAUUGAGGUUGAGAUUUUUAAUGAUGUUAUUAUAAAACGAUUUUGCUUGAUUUUAUUUGUGUGGAUCUUUUAAUUGAUUUAUGCAGUUUUACUGGAA